AUGGAGCCCAGCCUCCAAACUCCCCAGAUGCUACCUGAGCUGAGAGCACAGGACGCGCCGGGCCAGCAGCCGGAGCUCGACGAAGACGAAGCAGCGUAUUGCCGGCGCUGGGGCGCGCAGCACGCCGGGGCCCGCGAGCUGGCCGCGCUCUACUCUCCAGGCAAGCGCUUCCAGGAGUGGUGCUGUGUGGUCCUAUGCUUCAGCCUCAUUGCCCACAACUUGGUCCACCUCCUGCUGCUGGCCCGCUGGGAGCACACGCCCCUCGUAAUGCUGGGUGUUGUUGCAGGGGCUCUCAUUGCUGACUUCCUGUCUGGCCUGGUGCACUGGGGAGCCGACACUUGGGGUUCCGUGGAGCUGCCCAUUGUGGGGAAGGCUUUCAUCCGACCAUUCCGGGAGCAUCACAUCGACCCAACAGCCAUUACACGUCAUGACUUCAUCGAGACCAACGGGGACAACUGCCUGGUGACACUGCUGCCACUGCUGAACAUGGCCUACAAGUUCCACACCCAGAGCCCCGAAGCCCUGGAGCAACUGUACCCCUGGGAAUGCUUCGUCUUCUGCUUGAUCAUCUUCGGCACCUUCACCAACCAGAUCCACAAGUGGUCUCACACGUACUUUGGGCUACCACGCUGGGUCACCCUCCUGCAGGACUGGCAUGUCAUCCUGCCUCGUAAACACCAUCGCAUCCACCACGUCUCACCCCAUGAGACCUACUUCUGCAUCACCACAGGCUGGCUCAACUACCCUCUGGAAAAGAUGGGAUUCUGGCGACGCCUAGAGGACCUCAUCCAGGGCUUGACUGGCGAGAAGCCUCGUGCAGAUGACAUGAAAUGGGCCCAAAAGAUCAAAUAACUCCUCCAGCCUGCCACCUCGUUGCCAACUUCCCCUGGCCUCCCCAAACCGAAGCCAUCUGCCAAAUUCCAGCCUUCCUCGCACUGGCCCCUCUAGGUGGAGAGGAUGCCUCCUGGGCUGGGCUUGGGCACCCCCCAGCCCACCCUUUGUGACACAGAAUACUUGAGCCACUGAUUUUUCCUUUCCUUUUUUUUUUCCAUUUCUUUCCUUGGCUCCUCCUUAGAUACCUGAGCUGCUCUGUCUGCCAAGCCUGACUGCAGAAAAAGGAGCCCCUUGGGUAGAGGGGAAGUUCACCCACUCCCCCACACUCUGACCUCCCGCAGUUCCACUGGGCAGCCCUUCAGCAUGGCUGGUGUUGGAGCCACUAAGUCCUCUUAUCUGUCCCUCCUUGUCUGUUCCCUGUGGUCUAGGAGCCCCCAGGCACACCUAAGUGUCCCUGGAGUAUUGCUCUGCCAUAACUCUGCAGACUGACCCUAACGGCCUUGGUGGACAACCCCAGACCAGCCUGUCCAUUCAAGGAUAGUUGACCAGAAGAAGCCAGAAUCCCCUGCCCAGGUCUGGACCCUCCUCCUCCCCACCCCUCCCCCAUCUGCCCAUGUGAUUCCAGCCAGAGCUGAUGUUUCUAAGGGAAGGAAGGAUGACUUCACAGGGCACAGCCCCUGCAAUGGGUCUUGAUCAUUUGGAAGGGGACACAGUGUCCCUUCCAGCCAGGGGUAUGUCACAAAAGGAAGAGGGCUUUUGGGGGUGUUUUUUUUUUAAAGGUGCUUGCUUGUUUAAUGUAAAUAAUAGAAAGCCUUAAUAUCUUUUCUGUAACAUGAAGUAAUAUUUUAAUGUCAUGUUUUGGAUGUACAUAAUAUAUUUAUAACAAAGCAGCAAGAGUCUA